ACAUAUGUACUCUGAUAUCAAUACUACCAAUUUUAAGAAAAGUACAAGUUGAAAUGCAGUUAACCUAUAUUUUACUGCUGAAUUAUUUAAAAAACAAAUUAACUGAUCGAUAAAUGGCUUAUCUUAUCUUAUGUAGCGAUUUUUGAAAGCGCAAUUAAAAUUGCGUAGUAUUUGGAUUAACUUGUAACUUUGAGUACAUCAAAUUUCGUUUACAAUGUUAAUUUCGAGGUUAUCAGAACAAGUUUAUAAAAAGUUAUUUCAUGUGCAGAAUAAAACAAAAAGAAGUGCACAAUCUGCUAGAGAUGUACUUAUAAGUGGCGGAAUUAUUAUUAUUAGUGGGAUCGUUAUUGUUUGGUUAUCUGUGUUUCUCUACACAGCAUUCUAUUAUGCCUAUGUACCGAGCAUCUCAUACGUACGGCCAGUACAUCUGCAAUUCAAGUCAUGUAAUGAAGAAAAAGGGAUUUGUAGCUUUCCAUCAGCAUAUGUGCAAUUAACAAAUAAACAGCAGCUUCUAAUGGUUGGCCAGCCAUAUAAAGUCAAUUUACAUCUAGAAAUGCCAGAGUCACCAGCCAAUAAGGAACUUGGUAUGUUCAUGGUUUGUGCUCAAUUACGCAGCAGAGAUGGUUUCCUCCUAGAACAUGCAUGUAGAUCUACCAUGUUACAUUACCGUAGCACAUUAUUACAUGCACUUACAACACUUACAUUUUCACCUAUGAUGAUUUUUGGCACUACAGAGGAAAAACAAAAUGUAGUUCUUGAAUUAUUUGAUAAUUUCGAAGAAAACCAAAAUCAUCCAGUUACAAUUAUUUAUAUCGAAAUACAAUCAAGACAUAUUGAAUUCUACUCUGCAAGUAUUACGAUAAAUGCACACUUAUCGGGUCUACGCUAUUUAAUGUUUCAUUGGCCGAUUCUAUCUGGUAUUGUUGGCAUCGGUACAAAUUUGUUUUUCAUAGCACUUGUAUGUACCCUUUGCUAUCUUCAUUUUACCAUUUAUGAAGACUCUGGAGAUGAUGGUUUCAAUUAUGAAGAAGGUAAAAAGGUUGAAGAAAAACAAGAAUAUAACAAAGAAUUAAACACAGAAGAAGAAAGAGAGCAUAAAGCUACAAAUGAGCAAUCAUCAGAGUCGUCAUCAUCAGAAGAUAUUGCUGCAUCUUAUGUAGUACCACAUCUUGUUAAGUCUGGAGACGAAUCUCAUCCCUCUCGUAUUGAAUUAAUGAAAUAAUCUAUAUUCCAUAAUGAAAAUUAUAUGACAAUAUUAUAUGUGUACGAACAUAGCUUAUAAGUGUAAGAGAAAAAAAUAUAUGUACAUUAUAAAAAUA